UCAUUUAGGGAUGGUUGGGAUCCUGUUUUCGAAGACGCAUCGUAAACUAUUCUCGUUUUUGUGGAUUCUGAUGAUUCACGCACGACCGGAUGAUGAGGUAAAUAGAACACAGUUCCAGUUGGUGGCUCAUUUGCAGGUUCAACAACUCCUUCUUUCAGUUGGUCUUGAAUAAUUGAAUUGUAUUCAUCGAAUUUGUCAGUUUUCUUCAAUCGCUGCACCAAGGUCCCCAAACGUUUCAAACUGUUCUCCUCAUUUGAGGGCAAAGGCGGAUGGCCUCCCUUCCAAGGGAGGCCAGUCUCAUACCACCCAUGUACAGGAUCACGCCGAAGCUGUUCCAAAAACUCUUCAUGCACAACUUUCUGGUCUCCAGAUGGUGUGUCUUGAAUACCGAGAACAUCCAUGCGACAAAGUUCCUCAUAAUCAGAUUGAGCAGUUUGAGCAAGAAACAUAUUGUCUAAAUUGGGCUGAACUCCUGGCGACAUAAUUGACCAGCCAAACUGAGUGAACUCCGCCACAGGGUCCCUCAUUUCACCGGUUCUUUGUGGUUCACUAGUCUUGAUCCUUGAAUAUUCUGCUGCCCCCAAUAUGAGGUGUACUGGAAGGACUGAUUUGGUAUCCGUUUCCACCAUAUUCACGCCUUGUAGGUGUUGGAACCGACUAAUCAACUCUGGGUAAUUUGGAUUCACAACUGACAAGAGAUUUCUGCGGUCAACCUUUGUUACAUUCACUGGGAUAACAAAGUUUCCUUCUGUGUUGCUAACUUCAAGAUUGUAGAUUUCAACAUGCUUCGUUAUUGUCCCUGUGAUGGUUUGAAUACACCGUGUCAAGGUAUUAGAUGGAUUGAUCUUCAUUAGGCUGAGAAGAUAUGCAGAUGCAUACGAUGUCGUAGCUCCUGUGUCCAGUAGUGCUCUACAGGUAAUGCCAUUUGCUUUGACAAUAACAAUGGGGUGACAAACCUUUUGCUCUUCGUGUGUUGCUGUCAUAGCUGCUUGUCCUGGAAUUUGGUUAUGUGGAGGUUUCUCUAAAGUGUCACAAAUUGAUGAAUGAUGUUUUUUCUUGCAGUGAAAACAGGUAACUCGACUUCGACACUGUGCUGCAUGGUGUCUUCCACCCGUACAAUUAAAACAUAACUUCUUUGCUUGUAGCUUUCGUUUACGCUCAGUUGGUGUAGCAACCUUCUUACAUUCAUACGACUUGUGCUGUUCGUCAUCACAGUAAACACAACCCUUUGGUGUUGAGGAAUCUUUGGAGAAGAACGAAUGGUUGCGGUUGUAGGGGGUCCUAGGGUUAUGUUCGCUUGAACUUUCCACCGGGUGUAUUGCUUUCCAAUUUUCCAGAGCUUUUAACAAAUCAGCAAAUCCCCAAUCUUGCCAUCCAACCUGAUUAGUGACCAACUCUGCCUUAAUACCAGGUAAUUUCUCUAUAACACCCCGUACCAUUGACAAACUCUGCGAUAGUUUACCCAAUGUUUCUAACGAUUGUACAUUGUAGCUCAGGUUCUUAAUAAAUUCAUGUAUCUUGUUUACUUUCCUGCCAGUUAUUGUAGGCAACUCUUGAAUGUUUUUUACAUAUGCCCUAACAAUUUCACUUGUAUUCCCAUGAUUAGUUUUCAAAAUGUUUUUAGCACGGGUGUACCCCUCCAUUGUAAAGGGUAGCCCAUCAAUCUCGUCACACACAUGGGGCUCUAACAGUUCCUUUAGGUAAGAGAACUUGGUUACAGCUGGGAGGUCAGUAUUGUCUAUUUCAGCUUCAAAUUUAUUCCAGAAAGACAGCCAUCUUUCAUAUGUACCAUCAUACUUUGUUAUUACUAACUUAGGCAUUUUAACACUGCUCACCUUUGCUUGUUCUGGCUUUGUUGACUUGACACUAACCGAACCCAAGCUAGCCAUUUGUUCCAAUUUACAUUUUUCGAAAUACAGUUCUUCGUCCCGUUGUUGUUUUAGCAAUAUUUUCUCCUUUUCACGUUUCUCGUUCUCAGUCCUCGCCUUGGCUUCUGUUAAAUAUUGAUUUAAGUGUGAUAUUUCGCAAUCCGUCUCAUCAAUCUCGCCUUCGAUAUCGACUCCCCAUUUUUGAACAUCUUCGAUCGCUUCCCCGUCUUGUAGUUUGUCCUUUUCGCCUUGUAUUUUAAGAUCUUCUAAUUCUUUCACAAUUUUCCCCAACGCUUCUUUAUGUCGAAUGAUUUUGUCAAGAUUUCCCUUCUCUAGAAUCGCUUUCGUUUUGCUUCGUGUGAGUUUUAAUAGCUGUCGCUCGGUGUCUAUAAAAUUAUCGCUCUUUUUAUCCAUUUUAUCUGUUAUUUUCUGUUUUUUUUCGCUCACAUAUCCCGUGUGGAGGUGCCACGUGUUGUUAAUAGUUAGAAUCACUCAAUAAAAGGGUUAAAACUUCUUUAAUUCUCACUUUAACUUCGACAUAAAGUAGAUUUUGUGUUCCUUGUUAAUAUUAUACAAUCCCAGGAAAAGCAUGUGUUCUUCCAGGAAAAACCACACGCGUCUCGCGCGAUUCUCACGCGUCCAUAAUUAGACUAACAUUACGUCAUUCUCGACAUGGCUUCUCAAAUGAAUCGAGACGUAACAGAAUGUUUUCGUUUGCUGAUUUGAAUAGAUUUGAAUUCUGGUUUGCUGAUUUCAAUUCUUAACCAAGCAUGUUAGCAUGACGUAAUUAGGAAUUCUAUUCAAGUAAUUUUGCAUGUGUAAUUAAGAUAUUUGAUGAAAACACUAGUGACUUUCAUCAAGUUUCACCGGGUUAUCCAAAUGGCAUCUUGUGAUCAAAUAGGUGAUUAUCAUUGGCUGAAUUGCUCAUGAAUUAUUAAUGAACUGGAAAUGAAUUGAUGGAUAUUGUCAAGCAAGCGUCCUUUUAUUUCUUCGAGCCGUCUGAUAUUGUAAACGCCGUAUCCCGGUCUAACCCUCCUUCUUCGACAACAGCUUUUUUCAGCUGUGCUUUUUCGUAUAUGGUAUUAGCCCAUCCUCUUCUUUAGGGACAUUUUCAAAAGGAAAGGCCAUACUUGGUUCCGAUCCACCAAUUUUUCGUUUCACAGUUUCACGAGCAAAUUUACUUAUCUAAAGGUACAGUAAAAUAUGGAUAUUUAAUUUAACUCUAAAUAUUUAAUUAUUAAAUUUUGAAAGGAUGUUUGAGAUUAUAGUCCUUAUAACCAAUAUAAUAUAUGAUGUACAAACUGAAGACACAAAAGAUCUACUUCUUUGCAGUUUUGAUGACCUAUAUAUAGUACAAAGCCAUAAACAUUAGAAUUCUUUACAUUUUGCAGAUAUUAAUAAUAAUAAUAAUAAUAAUAACAGUCUUUAUUCAUACUCAAGAACACCCGUCUGUGAGUUUACAUUAUAAAAAUAUAUAAGAUAAAAUUAUUGAUAUCUAUAAGGUAAUAACUAGAUAUAUACAGUUAUGGAUAAAAAUAUUAAUAAUGUUAAAAAGGUAAAGGUUAAAAUUGGUUAAACAAAGUUAAACAAACAUCGAUUUACAAAAGAACUUUUAAAUCGCUCUGUUCUCACUAAUGGAAGUUCAAACUCGUGUCCCCUUGGCCUAAGGUGUCUAUUUAAUUUAUCUGGUAAAAGCUCCUGUAGUCUACUUGUGGAAAGCCUUGAAACCUUUUAAUGAACCAUUUUCCAAAUGAUUCAACUAUUUCGUUGGAUGACUGGAUCACAGACUGUGUACGUUGUUGUGUUCUAUCAGUAAAAUCCAUCGAUCUUGAGUCCUUCGAUUUUUUUGACACAACGGGAUUUACCACCUGUUCGAGGAAAAAACCACAUCUUGUAUCAAAUAUUUACUAUAGCAUAUUUUACUCGAUAAGAAGUAUCGACUGUUAUGCGUAACUGAUAGUCAUUACAAAUUACCUACCAUCAUAAAAGCCUCACGCUGAUUUCCAAAAUACUGUAUGAGAGAUUCGGAAAUCCGCACAAUCUCAAAAGGUAUUUGUUCCUCUAUUUCGCACUCAUUUUCCAUCUUCUCAUUGUCGAUAAAAUGAGUGACGACAGUCAAAAGGACGUGAAGAACACAAGUAAGCCUAAAAAAGGACCAUGUAAGUAACAGAUUUUUAAGCCGUCAUCAUUUCCUUUUAAAAGGGACCGGUCAUUAUUUAUGGCAGGGGUGGGGGCCGACGAGAAAAUGGUGGGGUAACUGUAAAAUAAUACUUUCUUCACAGUGUAGGUGGGGUGGCCAAAAAAUCCUUGCAUGCAGAGGUGGGGUAAAAAAACCCCAUAUUUUAAUCACACACAAUACAAUAUAUACUACUAACAGAGUUUAAUAUGUGAUUAUUCUAAUUUUUUAAAUAAAAUAUUAUUGCUUUCCAAAAUGUUGAGAGAAACACCCACCCUCAACCCACUGUAAGGUGUCAUUUUAUUCAUUUACACACAAAAUCUCCAAAGACUCAAUAAGGGCUGUUUAUAUGGUGCAAGCCAGCCCUAACCCUGGGUACCCAAGUUGGGCCAGUUUUGGCGAGAUCCGUCCUUUGGUGUUAUUUCAUAUUAAAGUUCACCUUGUGUAUAUAUGAGUAAAGAGUAGGCCCACCUAAGUGAGAUCCCGCCCCUUUAGCCCGAGAUCUUGCUAAAGCUGGGCCAAAACUCCCCCUAGGAAAAGUGAGCUACUGUAGCCCCCAAGCCUGGGCAUCCAGGCUCGCCCCCAUAUAAACAUCCCCUUAUUACAUAUCUUAAUAUAUAUAUAUAGUCUAUUAAAUUUUCAGGAUUUAAUUUUUGGGCAUUCACACUUGAUACUUGUUAUGGGUUACCUAUGUUAUUAGGAUGCGCGCGCAUCCACCAUGUGUUCGGGAUGAGUGCUUCUUGUUGAGUUAUACACGAAAUAUAAUAUAGCUAUUUAAUAGAAAGCAAAUACACAACAUUUUGGCGACGAGGACAGGAUUAAGAAAUAUUACCACGUUAGAAAAAGCAAGGUAUUGUAGCAGCUAUUGCCAUCCUGUGGAAAGAUGGCAGAUGAAGCACCAGAACCGAUUCGAAACAUCGGUAAAGUUCGAAAGUUUGUUGUUGGCACUGACUUCGAAGCGUAUGCCGAACAACUGGAAUUCUUUUUCGUAGCAAAUAGCGUGACUGAUGCUAAACAAAAGAAAGCUGUCCUGUUGACGAAUAUGCCUGCAGAAACCUACCAGUUAACAAAGGAUUUAUUUGCUCCACAUCUACUAAAAGAGGACACGAUCACGUACGAAGCGAUAGUCGAGCGACUUCAGAAACAGUUAAAGCCCCAGAAAUCAGCAUUAGUAGCCAGAUACGAGUUUGAUAAUCGAGCGAGAAACGCGGGAGAGACGGUGAGUGAAUACGUAGCUGUUUUAAAACAUUUAGCUACAGAAUGUAAGUUCAACGAAACGAUGCGUUUAGAGCGACUUAGAGAUCGGUUAGUAUCUGGUAUUCGUGACAGAAAAAUGAUGUCAGAACUCUUAAAACUUAAGCUCGAAGAACUGACCUUUGACACAGCCGUUGCUAAAUGCAUCGCUAUUGAACAAUCAUGUAAGGACGUUGAAACUAUGCAAGGGGGGAGAGAUUCAAACCAUACGAAUAAGGAAUCAGAUUCAGUGAAUUUGUUAAAUAAACCUGAAGGGCAAAACAGGAAUGCGAAAGCCAAGAAAGGAAGGGACGCCUCUCCUUCCCCUGCAGACCCCAAGUGUUACCGUUGUCAUGGUGAUCAUCAGCAUAAAUCCUGCCCCUUUAAAAAUGCAAUUUGCCAUCAUUGUAAGAAGAGCGGUCAUAUUCGGAGAGCUUGUAGAAAACGAAGCAAAGAAACACAUAGUUUCAAACCCCCAGUAAAUCACAUUGAUGAUGAUGAUGAUAGUGACAGCGAUGAUUACCUGGCUAGUUUAGAAAUAAAUAAAGUGGGAAACAAAGAUAACGUAAUAUGGGUAACCCCCAAAGUUGAAGGAACACCCUUAAGAAUGGAACUAGACACAGGCUCUGCAGUUUCAGUUAUCCCGUAUCAGUUAUACAGAGCUAAGUUUAGUCACAUAAAGCUACAGAGAAGUCAAAUCACACUUAAAACUUACACAGGGGAAAAGCUGUAUCCAAAAGGGAAAAUCAAUUGUAGAGUUAGUUAGUCUCGAUGGCCAGACAAGACAGCUAGAUAUUCAAGUUAUUGAGUCCCCGGGACCAGCGUUAUUUGGGCGUGAUUGGCUUUCUGUAAUCAAACUAGACUGGGGCGAGAUCAAAGCCCUUAAAGUAAACCAAGCGACAAACAAUGAGACACAGGGUAAGGUAAAUAACCUUUUGAAAAAGUAUAAAAGUGUGUUCGAUGAUGAUUUGGGCACCUUGAAGGGACACCAAGCUGACCUCAAAUUAAAAGAGAACUGUCGACCCCGAUACUGUAAGGCACGACAGGUGCCAUAUGCCUUGCGACCUAAGGUAGAAGCCGAGCUAACACGCCUUGAAAAGGAAGGGAUUCUAAACAAGGUGGAACAUAGUGAGUGGGCAACCCCUAUUGUACCUGUGGUCAAACGAAAUGGCUCAGUACGAAUAUGUGGGGAUUUCAAAGUCUCUGUUAACCCAGUUUUAAUCGCAGAACAAUACCCUUUGCCCCGUAUCGAGGAUAUUUUUGCCAAUCUGGCUGGGGGUAAGCAUUUUACCAAAUUAGACUUACGCCAAGCCUAUCACCAAAUGGAGGUCACUGAAGAGACACGAAAGUAUUUGACUAUUAACACACAUAAGGGUCUAUUUCAGUAUCAGCGGUUAGUUUUCGGUGUGACGUCAAGCCCAGCAAUUUGGCAACGUGCCAUGGACCAGGUGUUACAGGGUAUACCUGGAACACAAUGCAUCCUUGACGACAUGAUAAUUACCGGAAAGUCCAAUGAAGAGCACUUAGAACGGUUAGAGGAAGUUCUAAAGCGAUUACAAGAGGCAGGUCUGAGAGCAAACAAAAAGAAGUGUGAAUUCUUCAAGGAGAAAGUUGUGUUUUGUGGCCAUGAAAUUGAUGCCAAUGGUUUACACAAAACCCAAGAGAAGAUCGAGGCAGUAGUGAACGCCCCUAGGCCCGAGAAUGUGUCACAAGUUCGAUCCUUCCUAGGACUGGUAAAUUACUAUAAUCGGUUUCUCCCCAACGCGGCUUCAGUUCUUCACCCACUACAUGUAUUGCUUCAGAAAAGUCACAAGUGGAAGUGGACUGAACAAUGUGAGAAAGCUUUUAAAAAUGCCAAGCACUUGAUAACCUCUGACCUAGUCCUAACCCACUACGACACAACGCUUCCAGUUAAGAUCGCAUGUGAUGCUUCACCAACCGGAAUUGGUGCAGUGUUGUCGCAUGUUAUGGCAGAUGGAAGUGAAAGACCAGUGGCUUUUGCAUCCAGAUCCCUCACCAAGACGGAGCGCAAGUACUCCCAGAUUGACAAGGAAGCACUGUCAAUUGUGUGGGGGGUCAAGAAGUUUCACAUAUAUUUGUAUGGGCGACGGUUUACACUAGUCACUGACCAUAAACCUCUGACAUCCAUUUUCCAUCCAGAAAAAGGAAUACCCAUAAUGACGGCCACAAGAUUCCAACGCUAUGCAUUGUUCCUAGCUGGAUUCGAAUACGACAUUGAGUACAAGAAUACGAAAGAACACUGUAAUGCAGAUGGUCUAUCACGACUACCACUGCCAAUGACGGAGAAAGAGGAUACCGCUGUGGAUGCAGCUGAAGUGUUUCAUGCAACCCAGUUAAACAUUCUCCCAGUCACCAGUGAAUCGGUAGCUAAAGAGACAAAUCGUGAUCCCAUAUUAGCCAGAGUUUAUGAUUCAAUAGUUAAAGGUUGGUCAGCACGUUUCGAGGGAGACAAGCCCUACCAUGACCGACAGAGUGAACUUACAGUUCAUCAAGGUUGUAUCCUUUGGGGAAUGAGAGUGGUCAUCCCUAGCAAGUUGCAAGAGAGAAUUCUGCGAGAGCUACAUGAUAGUCAUUUGGGUACCGUCAAGAUGAAGGCCCUAUCACGAAGCUAUGUGUGGUGGCCAAACAUCAACCAACAGUUGGAGAACGUAGCGAAAACCUGUAGUGGUUGUCUACAGAACCAAAAGAUGCCAUCCAAGGUAUCCUUACACCCAUGGGAAUGGACCACUUCACCAUGGCAACGUGUACAUAUUGAUUAUGCUGGUCCUUUUAAGGAUACUAUGUUCCUGGUGGUGGUCGACGCACACAGCAAGUGGCCAGAAGUAAUUCCUAUGAAGUCGACAACCGCAGCGAAGACCAUUGAAGUACUAAGAAAUUUGUUUGCACGAUUCGGAAUCCCGGAACAGAUUGUCUCCGAUAAUGGCCCCCAAUUCGUCUCAGAAGAAUUCCGGUCGUUUAUGAAAUCUAAUGGAGUAAAACACAUCACCUCUGCCCCAUACCACCCUGCUACAAAUGGCCUUGCAGAAAGAUCAGUGCAAACAUUCAAACAGGCACUGCGUUCAAUGGAAGAAAGUUCGAAGCCAAUUCAAGAGAAGUUAGCAAAAUUUCUUAUAACCUAUAGAAAUACCCCACAUUCAACAACUGGAGAGAGCCCAGCACAACUUAUGCUUGGCAGGCCAAUACGGACACGUUUAGACUUAGUUAAACCUAAUCUGAACAGGAAGAUGGUGAUCAAACAACAGGAGCAGAGCAGGAAGUCGGCCAGUGCCAAGAACAGAGCAACACGACAGUUGGAAGUGGGAGACAUGGUAAUGGCACGUGAUUACCGAGGAAAUCUAAAGUGGAGAUCGGGAAAGGUCAUUGAAAGGAUCGGACCUUUGAUGUAUAAGAUCGAAGUGACAUCGGGCGUAAUCUGGCGCAGACAUAUUGACCAACUGCUGCCAACCGAAGUUAAACUAAGCACAAUACAGGACAGGGAGCAAACUGCGAAUAUGGGAGUAGUGCAGCCGGAAGUGAUAUCCAGUUCAAGUGAACAGACGUUGCCAAUAGUAGCAGCAGACUUGCAAGUGCAACAGGGCUCCAGCACCCACGAACUUGUAAAUGAGAGCACUACAGAGACAUCAAUGCCUCUGGCGACAACGAGCGAACGAAGAUAUCCAGAAAGAGUGAGGAAACCACCUGUGAGACUUGAUCUCUAAAGUAGCAGUGUUACGGACAGAUAUAGCGGUUAGAACGUAUAUUUACAGUAUAUAGAUAUACAGCAAAGACUGUUAAUUAUGACUUUAAUGUUAAUGUUAUGUGCAGCAAAGACUGGAUAUUGACUGAACAAUUUUUAGUAGGGAGGAGAUGUUAUGGGUUACCUAUGUUAUUAGGAUGCGCGCGCAUCCACCGUGUGUUCGGGAUGAGUGCUUCUUGUUGAGUUAUACACGAAAUAUAAUAUAGCUAUUUAAUAGAAAGCAAAUACACAACAAUACUGUAUAACUAAUAUCCGGUAUGUGCUUGUAAACCAUGUGGACAAUUCAGGUAGCAAAUCCUGAAAUAUGCCUCAUGCCCCUCGUGAAUCCCUAUCAUUUCAAUGGCUAUUUCAAUGGCAACUAGCUGUUUUUCUUUACCAGUAGACCAUGCAUGUAUACAUGGAUAAAAUAGGAGAAGUAUAUUUACCCGUUUACAGAUUAAUCAGUUAAUUGUUUAUAUUAAUAAAUCAUACUUGGAAUUCGGAUGAUAUUAUCAAGUUAUCUUCACACUGUAUAACAGCAACUUUUCCCAUUAAUUUACAGUAACAUCAUUUUCUAAAUUCAGAUAUUCUCACAUGGGAUAUAUAUACUUUAGUAUCGUUGUAUUGUUUACAAAUUAAAAUAUUUUAAAAAUGUUAUAAUUGAUUUCGUAAACUUUAAGAAUUCUGUAAGGAGAUUUUAAAGGAAUUUCAGAGGAAAUUUUAGAAUUUAGACAUUUACAAUCAUAGGAUUCUGUGAGACUGUUUCAAAUUUUCGGAAAAACAAACACGCUCUUCUUUAAUUAGUGCUAUUACUUGUACUUAAAGUUGCAUUAGCAUAUUUCCAUCGCCCCAGCGACUUAAUGCUCCGGUGGAGCGUCUUGCAGUGGCGGAAAUCUUGGUGGGGCGGGGGAAAAUUGACUAAUUUUCGGAAAUUUUGACCUAAAAGAAGGCUAAAAACAGUCUUUUCUUUUAUUUUGUUUAAUAAUAUAUGUUUAUGGGACUAGCAUUGUACUACCUCGUGAAAAGGGAAUAUAGCGUUGAAUACAAACUAUAAAACCCAAUCAUAUUUUAAUUUAACAAGUAUGUAAAAAUUAGAGAAGUAAACUAGCAAAGUAUCCCAAUAUUAAAUGGCCAACUGCCAAGAUUUCAGCAUACACUGAUCCAAACCACCAUGCCCCUCAUAACAUGCAAAUUUGAAUCAUACUGUGCAGUUGCUUGAGUCAGAGUGCAUGCCAGUCUUAAUAUGAGUGAGCAAUAUAACUUCCAUCUGAAUCUUCAGUCAAGAAAUGUUAAAAUCCUUUAAUUCGUUUGGCAUUUCCCUAUGAAAUGACAAUUUUUAAGCCUUCACAUAACUAUUUAUUCUUUCUAUAGUACCUUGCAAUUGUAGAAGUAACCCAAUAGUAGAAGUAAUGCUAACUAUAGCAUGCCCCACAUGACUGUCAGUGCUUCAAUCCCAUUCCCUUUUAAUUAUAAUGGCCAUUGUGAUCAAAGCAAUAUACAGAUAUAUGUUGCAACAAAAGAGGUUGGGUGGGGUAAAAAUUUUUUCCAGCAUUCCACCGGUGGGGUAGGUAGAAAUUUUGUUUCGAACAAAGUGGGAUGAUUUUUUCUGGCUGCAUUAUACUUUCUCCUCGGCCCCCACCCCUGCCAUAAAUAAUGAUCGGUCCCUAAAUGGAAAAGAAAGACAAGUGAUUUAAUUUAUAUAUAUAUAUAUAUAUAUAUAUAUAUAUAUAUAUAUAUAUAUAUAUAUAUAUAUAUAUAUAUAUAUAUAUAUAUAUAUGUUAAUCACCGUAGGUAAGUAUUUUUUAGUGAACAGGAAAAGUUGAGACUGAGUCGGAUUCGAACCGGCGACCUCUGGGUUACCGGUAGAGCGAUGGGCUUGGCUGGUAGAGCGAUGGGCUUGUAACCCAAAGGUCGCCGGUUCGAAUCCGACUCAGUCUCAACUUUUCCUGUUCACUAAAAAAUACUUACCUACGGUGAUUAACAUAUAUAAAAAUUAUAAAUGCCAUAUCGUGAUGAUUAACAUAUAUAUAUAUAUAUAUAUAUAUAUAUAUAUAUAUAUAUAUAUAUAUAUAUAUAUAUAUAUAUAUAUAUAUAUAUAUAUAUAUAUAUAUAUAUAUAUAUAUUAUGUACACGUUUUCACGCAUCGUUUUAAAAGUUUUACUUAUGGAGAAACAGGGCGGACUAGGCAGUCGGGCAUUGGGGCGCAGACCGAGGCCCGGAGAACUCUGGGGCCCCGGAAUUCACUAGAUUUCGAAUGACAACAAAUCAUUAUCAGUCACCUAGCGGAAAUCAGUGUUAUAUUUUUUAUAGCACUUCAGACUGAGACUCUGCCCUUUCGAAGAAAACAUUCAGAAUCUAUAGCAACUGCUUUUGAUGACAGUACUGCAAAAGCUAUUGCAAACCAAGGCAAUUUUCUAGGGGCUGUGAAACUUAUUGCUGAGUUCUAUCCAAUCCUGCAAGCUCAUUUAAAUAAAGUAAUCAAGUUGGCAAAGAAACGCGAUCCUAUCAUCAGGACGC